GGAGCGCGGAAGGCAGCGACGCAACCGGACCUGCUUGCUCUCCCCUGCCUGAGAGCGGAGUGAAUGGAGGAGCUACUCUUCCUGGUGAACAAACAGUGACAGCUAUAGGGCAGACAGCGAUACCCGCUUCCCAGCACGACCAUACAGCAUAUCCUUCACCCCAAAGCAACACAGAUAUGGCGUCUGACAGUAAACACGUCGCGCGGUUGAAAUCUGAGCUCUACUUCCUAAUAGCCCGAUUUUUGGAAGCUGGACCAUGUCAAAAUGCAGCCGAGACGUUGAUAAGGGAGGUACAAGAGAAGGAGCUCUUGCCCAAAAGAACAGACUGGACUGGCAAGGAACACCCUGGGAGUUACGAAAAUUUGGUGAAGUUGUAUAGCCACAUCACGCCGGAGCACCUGUUGCGUGUGUGUGAGCGGGUGGGGCCUCUUCUGGAGAGGGAGGUGCCGGCCAGUGUGCCUGGAGUCCAGUCCCUGCUGGGGGUGGGCCGACAGUCUCUACUGCGCACCAACAAGAGCUGUAAGCACGUGGUAUGGAAGGGUUCCGCCCUCGCCGCCCUGCAUUGUGGCAGGCCCCCGGAGCCGCCUGUCAUCUAUGGAAGCCCGCCCAACAUUGUGGAGACAUCUUUCAGUCGGCGUCUGAACGGCGAGUACCGACUGGGUCAGCUGGUGCCCACUGCGGUGUAUCUGCACAUGAAGAUGCACAAGAGGAUUCUGGGACACCUGUCUUCCGUCUACUGCGUGGCCUUCGAUCGCACCGGCCGUCGCAUCUUCACCGGCUCAGAUGACUGCCUGGUGAAGAUCUGGGCGACGGAUGACGGGCGUCUCUUGGCAACGCUGCGUGGCCAUGCGGCUGAGAUCUCGGACAUGGCGGUCAGCUAUGAGAACACCCUGCUGGCCACUGGCUCCUGUGACAAGACCAUCCGUGUGUGGUGCCUUCAGACAUGCGCUCCACUGGCCGUGCUAGAGGGACACGGAGCGUCCAUCACCUCACUUCAGUUCUCUCCUCUGUGCAGCGGUAGUAAAAGAUUCCUCUCCUCCACCGGUGCUGAUGGCUCCAUAUGUUUCUGGCAGUGGGACGCUCGCACACUCAAGUUUGGGCACAGGCCCAGUAAGUUUACGGAGCGUCCUAGGCCGGGGGUGCAGAUGAUCUGCUCGUCCUUCAGCGCAGGUGGGAUGUUUCUAGCCACAGGCAGCACAGAUCACAUUAUCAGAGUCUACUACUUUGGGUCUGGACAGCCUGAGAAGAUCGCUGAGCUGGAGUCCCACACCGAUAAAGUGGACAGUAUACAGUUCUCCCAUGGAGGGGACAGGUUUGUUAGUGGAAGCAGAGACGGUACGGCUCGCAUCUGGCAGCUGCAGCAGAAGGAAUGGAGAAGCAUCCUACUGGAUAUGGCCACCAAAAUACCAGGCAAGUGCAACCCUCCUCCUUUGGAGGACAAAGUCACCAAACUCAAAGUUACCAUGGUAGCCUGGGAUCGCCACGACAACACGGUCAUCACGGCUGCCAACAACCUGACACUGAAAGUGUGGAACUCCUAUACGGGCAAUCUCAUUCACAUCCUCAUGGGCCAUGAGGAUGAGGUGUUUGUUCUGGAGCCACACCCCUUUGAUCCCAGAGUGCUCUUCUCCGCCGGGCAUGAUGGGAACGCCAUCGUGUGGGACCUGGCCAGAGGCGUCAAGAUCCGCUCCUACUUCAACAUGAUUGAGGGCCAGGGCCACGGGGCAGUGUUUGACUGUAAGUGCUCUCCAGACGGUCAGCACUUUGCCUGCACAGACUCCCACGGACACCUGCUCAUCUUUGGCUUCGGCUCCAGCAGCAAAUACGACAAGAUAGCGGACCAGAUGUUCUUCCACACGGACUACCGGCCGCUGAUCCGCGACGCGCACAACUACGUGCUGGACGAGCAGACGCAGCAGGCGCCCCACCUCAUGCCGCCGCCCUUCCUGGUGGACGUGGACGGCAACCCGCACCCUCCGCGCUACCAGCGCCUGGUGCCCGGCCGCGAGAACUGCCGCCAGGAGCAGCUCAUACCCCAGAUGGGCCUCACCUCAUCAGGUCUGAAUCAGGUGGUGAGCCAGCAGGCUGCAGAAGGUUCCACUGCGCUGGACAACAUGAUCCAGAGACUACAGCAGGAGCAGGACCAGAGACUGGGCACAGACAGGACCAGCAGAGGUUCGGUGAGUUCCCCCACUGAGGUGUCGUCCCCUCCUAACGUGGGCCUACGGCGCAGUGGUCAGAUCGAGGGGGUGCGGCAGAUGCACAGCAAUGCUCCUCGUAGCCAGAUGGCCACCGAGAGAGACCUGGUGGCCUGGAGUCGCAGGGUACUGGUGCCCGAGCUACUGCCUGGCAUCGCCAGUAAACAGGAGGUCUGGAGGGAAGCUAAAGGAGAGGAGGAGAUCAACAUCUACAGAUCAGAGAGACGACGACGCAGCCUGCACAGCCAGUUCCACAGAGAGAACCGGCAGCAUGCACAGGAGAGCGAGGAGAGCCGGCGUCACCAGGGCAACCAGCAUAACUAUCACACACGUGCUGCCGUGGAGGAGAACAGCAGGCAGAGCGAAGCCACAGAGGAGGAGACCAAUAUGUCAGAGGGAGAGGCAGAUGUGCAUCCUCUAAACGGAGAAUCAUCAGAAGGAGAGGAGGAGAAGGAGGACGAGAAGGAGCCAUGGCCUGAUGACCACAGCAGCUCCAGUGAUUACUCCAGCGACUACUCAGACUGGACGGCGGACGCGGGCAUUAACCUGGAGCCCCCCAAGAAGACGAGUCGUCCGAAGAAGAAGACGGCCAGCAGCUCGGAGGAGGACGGUGAGAAGAAGAAGGACAAGGACAAGAAGGAGCGCAAGAAGGACAAAGCUGACCACAAGGCCCACAAGGACCACAAGGACGGGGCACUACCAAAGAAAAGCAAGCCCAAAGAAGGACGCAUGAAGCGGUUGCCAGAGAUGCGGGAGCAGGGUCUGACUCUGGAGGAGUGGCUGCCGUCCCCCUGGAUCACUGACACCAUGCCCCGCAGGUGCCCCUUCACACCGCAGAUGGGAGAUGAGUUGUACUAUUUCAGGCAGGGACAUGAGGCGUAUGUAGAGAUGGCCAAAUCCAACCGCAUCUUUAGCAUCAACCCCAAAAAACAGCCCUGGCACAAGAUGGAGCUCAGGGAGCAGGAGCUGAUGAAAAUAGUUGGUAUUAAGUAUGAGGUGGGCCUGCCCACUCUGUGCUGUCUGAAGCUAGCCUUCCUGGACCCAGACACGGGCAAGUUGACCGGAGGCUCCUUCUCCAUGAAAUACCACGACAUGCCUGACGUCAUCGACUUCCUGGUUCUCCGUCAGCAGUUUGAUGAAGCAAAAGAACGGCAGUGGCAAAUAGGUGACCGAUUCCGCUCGGUGAUAGAUGAUGCCUGGUGGUUUGGGACGAUUGAGAGUCAGGAGCCAUACCAGGCCCUCUACCCCGACAGCCUCUUCCAGUGCUACAACGUCUGCUGGGAUAAUGGUGACACAGAGAAGAUGAGCCCUUGGGACAUGGAGAAGAUUCCCGAUGAGGCAGUGUUUCCUGAUGAGCUGGGUCAGAGCGUCCCCCUGACGGAGGAGGAGCAGCGGGCACUGCUAUACCAGCCCCUGGAGGGUGAGUGGGGCGCCGGAGCCAGCGCACGACCCGACGAGUGCCAGCGCAUCAUCAACGGCAUCGACCAGCUCUGCACGCUGGAUGUGGCUGUUCCGUUCGCUCUUCCGGUGGACCUGCAGGCCUACCCGACCUACUGCACGGUGGUUGCCUACGUCACAGACCUCAGCACCAUCAGGAGCCGACUGGAGAACCGCUUCUACAGGCGUAUAUCAUCUCUGAUGUGGGAGGUGCGUUAUAUAGAACAUAAUGCGCGGACCUUCAAUGAGCCUGGCGCCUUCAUCGUCCGCACCGCUAAGUUCGUCUCCGACCUCAUGCUGCAGUUUAUCAAGGACCAAAAUUUAACAGACAUCAUCCCCCUCUACCACAAAAUGAAGAAAGAGGCCUUCUCUGACAACAGCAGUGAUGAAGACGAGGAUGUGGACGUGGAUGCUCCCGGCACAUCUACAUGCAUCAAGAAGAAGGCGCAGCGGCCAAUGCUGAGGAGCCUGCGGAACAAGCCUCAGUCACAUGACCCAGAGGCCUGGAAGGGGCGCUGCAGAGAGCUCCUGGACCUCAUCUUUCAGUGUGAGGACUCGGAACCCUUCAGACAGCCUGUGGACCUACAGGAGUACCCGGAUUACUUGGACAUAGUGGACACUCCCAUGGACUUUGGGACAGUCUUGAACACCCUGCUGGGUGACGAGUAUGAGUCCCCCAUGGAGCUGUGCAAAGACGUGCGCCUCAUCUUCAGCAACUCCAAAGCCUACACGCCCAGCAAGAAGUCCAGGAUCCACAGCAGGAGUCUGCACCUCUCAGCAAUGAUCUACAGCAUGAGUCUGCGUCUGUCCGCGCUGUUCGAGGAGCACGUCGGCUCCAUCCUCACCGACUUCAAGUCCGCCCAGCGGCUCCAGUCGGACCGGUUGACCCGGCAACGGCUGCACAGCGAGCGCCUGACGCGGCAGACGAUGAAGAGGAGGAAGAGGAGCUCCUCGCCUGCCAGCAGCACCGGCUCCAGCCCAGACAGGAAGAGGCGUGUCUCCAGCCGGGUCCCUCCCCGUGUCAAUCACGUGUCCCCGCCCCCAGUCCCCUCCUCCUCCUCGUCCAGGCCCGCCUCCCUGCGUCAGAACCUCCCCCACGUCAACGGCAAAGCGGAGCCAGCGGCCGCAUCCAUGCGCACACGCAGCUCAGCACGCUUCGGAGGCAGCGGCGCACACACACACACGCCCGCACACACACACACACACGCCCCCGCGUCUGCCAACACGCCUCCGUCGCCGCCCCCGGCCGCCACCCACCUGCCCGAGGCCACGCCCCGCAUGCUGAGAGCGCACAGCGCCAGCUCCGUCUCCACGGAGACGCCCCAUGACCCCGUCAGCUCCGGCAACGAGGGCAGUUCCAGGGAGAGGCCCCGACGCAAGCUCCGCACUCCCAUCAGGCUCAACCCAGGUCCGGUACAUGACAGUCCAUCGCAGAACAGCCUCCACCUGAAUGGCCACAGCAGUCACGUGACCCUGGGGGUGGGCCGGAGGCGAGGCCGGCCGCGACUGGACGAGAGGAGGCCCGUGCGACCGGCCGUCGCCCCAGCGCCGGAGUCCGAGUCAGAGCCCCCUUCGCUGCCCCGACCGCCGGGCAAGAAGCGCGGCCGCAAGAGCAAGAAGGAGCUGGAGGAGAUGAGGCGGCAGGCCACCCUGAGCACGGAGCUUGACCGCUCCACCACCUCCUCCUCCUCCGUCCAGGACACCAGCCUAUCGGACUCAGGGGUGGGGGCGGGACCUCCCGAGAAGCCCAAGCGGGGGCGGCCCAGGUUGAACCGGACUCCUCCUCCUCCUCCUCCUCCUCCUCCACCGACGGCUCAGCCCACUUCCCCCCCUGGCUCCGCCUCCCCUCCGCAGCCGUCCAAUCCCAACGCAUCGCUGCGACGGAGCAGCCGGCGCGUCGCCGAGGACAACUCGCAACCCUCGUCCAGUGUCCAGGAGGACCCAGACAGGGAGGAGGAGGAGGAAGAGGAUGACGAUGGGGAUGACCACGAGGGGACGGAGUACGAGUCGGGCCCCGGGGCGGCGGGCAGCUCCUCCAAGGGCUCCAUGCGGACGCGUAACCAGGGCCGCCGCACGGCCUACUACAACGAGGACGACUCGGAGGAGGAGCAGCGGCAGCUGCUGUUCGAGGACUCGUCGCUCACCUUCGGCACGUCCAGCAAGGGCCGCGUGCGCAAGCUGACCGAGAAGGCCAAGGCCAACCUCAUCGGCUGGUAGCCACAGAGCGAUGCGACGCGGCGUGACGACGUGACGUGACGACCUUGCUGCAAGCGCACCAGGGGUUGACUGUUCUGAAUGCCCCCCUCUCACUGCCCCACAGCUCACUGGGGCAAUGCCAUUCCUGCUGCUAUGAAACUGUAAUCUGUGUGUGUGUAUGUGUGUGUGUGUAUGUGUGUGUGUGUGUGUUUACGAGAGACUGUGAAUGUGUACAGCCACACAGAGACGCCUGGCCUGUGCAAUGACACAUUAAGUUCCGUGGAGACCAGUAACCCCCAUCCUAAUCACACACACACACAUACAUACAUACACACACACCAAACAUUGCCUUUCCCUGUUCAUCUGACUUGUUAAUGUGGUAUCAGACAACACCUCCAUCAUACAUAGUCUCUCUCUCUAUUCUCUGACCUAUGGGUGUGUCCAAUUCAUCGUCAGUGUGCCUGCCUGUAGAAUGUGUAGUGUUUAUGGCCUUCAUAAUCUGUGUGUGUGUGUGUGUGGAGGUCUACUCAAUCUAUGGAUUUUCUCCUCACCAGUCCACCAUAAUACUCUAUUGUACAGGGCUUCGUUUAUUUCAACACAGUGGUCAGCAAACUUAACUCCUAGAGGUUGGAGCUAGUUAUAAACCUAUGAGCUAGUUAUAAACCAUUUACGGGCCAUCAAAGCAGUCACUUUAUGUUAGACACUUAUAGGAGUGUGACCCACCCAGUGAGAGUUACUUGGAUGGUGUGUGUGUGUGUGUGUAUGCAAGACUGGUCCAACCAGUAAAAACAUUAUUAAUGAUUCAUUAAUCAUUAAUCAUUUUUAAGACUGGGAGUUGUAAGGUUGAUUUUCAUCAUACUCUCCAGUUAAAGAAGACUCACCUGCUCACAAAGUUGUGUGUGUGUGUGUGUGUGUGUGUGUGUGUGUGUGUCGGCAAGAGAGAGAGGCAGUGAUGCAGUCGUGUUUACAAGAUGUGACAGUAUGCCAUUUUAUUUUAACAGAAAUAUGACAUCAUUGUGUGUGUGUGUGUGUCCAUCCAAGACUUUUUCUUGGUACCUUUUGAAAUACACAAGGUACAUGUAUGAGUGUCUUAGUACAUGAUUAUGCACUUACAAACCUGGGGUGUGCUGUAUGUUGUGCAAAUAGGUUCAGAGGACUUGUGUACAUUUUUAUAUGUAAUUCCCUUUGUAAACAGCCCAGUUUGAGGUCUUUUCUCAUGCUGUCCUGUAUGGCUGGGCCUGAACUUAGUGUGUACGACUGGAAAUGACCAUGAGAGGAUGCCCUGUUUGUGUGUCCAUGUUUGGACUGAAUAUUGUUCGUUCUGAUUGUGCCUUCAAUUUCCCCAACCGUGUGUGUGUGUGUGUGUGUGCACGCAUGUGCGUUUGUGUGAGAGAGAGAGGAUUCUGGAAUAUCUAUGGCUCCUUCUUGGUACCGUCUUUGUUCCCCAGUGAGGUUCUGGUCCACAGGUACCACUGUAAGACAUGGUUUAGCCCUCCACUCACUCCCUCCUCAUCAUGGGCCUGUGCGGACUGGACUCACGCGGCCCCAUUGUUUUGUGAUCACCCCACAGCCAAAGAGGACUGUACUGACUUUUCACUGGAUCUGCGUCUGUCUUGGAAGGACUGAGAUCUGGAUUUUAGUGUGGACUGGUCUAUUUUUGUGAAUCUGGAUUGAUGUGAACUUCAACUUCAAGAGAGUCCUCUGGAACAGAUACACUCCUUAUCUGACCUGGUCAGCCGAAACAGUGGGUUUUCUUCUGUGGUUUAUUGGACGUUUGGUUUUAUUUCUCCUUUUUUUUUAAAAAGUAAUGAUUACGUUUUUUUAUUUUGAAGUUGCCAAAUGGAGCACUGUGGUGGUGUGGAGUUGUGAAUGUCUCAGAAUGUCUUUUUUUUUUUUUUUUUUAAGCUGGUUUUGGUGAACCAUAGCCUGGUGGUUGUGUGUGUGUGUGUGAAAGAGAGAAAGAGUGUGUGUGAGUUUGUGUGUGUGUGUCCAACCUCUUUGGCACCAGUGUGUUGUGUGUAGGUUUGUGAGUGUACGUAUUUUUAUACUCCUUUGACUAUGAUACCCAUUAUGAUAUCCCACCUCUAACCCCUACAAAGCAAUGGAGUGCUUCACAGGAUUUGACAUCACACUACCCACCCAUCAUCUGACCUGCAGAGCCCUGCGAUGUGAGGCGUGAGGUCAAGCGGGGGGUGGGGGGGCUGCAUGCAACCUUUCCCAGAAUUCUCUCUGUGUGAGGUUUGGGAAGAGGCUUUACUGUCCUCUGGUUUCCACGGAGAUUGGAUUAGAGGACUUUAUAUGUUAGUUUGUAUACUUUUAUAUAAAAAAGUAAAUGCAAAAAAACAUAAGCAUAGAAUGUAUGUGUAGGGAGUACUGCUGUCAUAUUAGUUCAUACUGAUAUUUUAAAGAAAUAAACAGUUGUGUUUACAAUGCUGUCCCUCA